AUGGCGCGCCUGGCACUUCUGGCGCUGCUGGGCUCUGUGGAGGCGCUGGACUGCAACGACCAGGCAGGACAGAAAGCUGCGCCCAGCGCCUGCUGCGAUGCGCAGCGGGCCUGGAGCCAGAUGGAGGUGGCGGGCGGCUGCGGCUCCGCGGAGGAUCCGCUGUGCUCCCGGGCGGAGACCCUGUGCCAGCAAUGCCGCAGCGCCAUAGACACUUUGCGCUCCGCCGCGGAAUCCGACGGAUUGGAGUUGGAUCAGAAGUUGUCCAACCUGGGCGUGGGCUUCCUGGAGAUGCGCUGCGUGCUGCCAGAGCGGGUGAGCUGCCACGGUCUCAGCGACCUGAGCUUCUUGGCGCUGCUGGGCGCCGCGGGGGGCCUGCUGCUGCUGGGGGCGUUGGGUCUGGUGCUCUUCGACCAGCGGGCGCUGCCGUGCCUGGCGGCGCGCCUCAGGGAAAACGGCGCGGGCGCGGGCGGCAAGGCCAUGGGGUCGCAAUUGCCGCAAACCGCAGGCGCACCUGGGCCGGACGCGCUGCGCUUGGCGGCGGCGUUGCCCAGCGGCACGGCUCAGCUGGGCCAUGACCCCAGCGCAGGACUCGCCCCAGCCUUGGUGCUCCGCAGGAUCUUCGUCUGGAUCGCCUCCGUUGGGGUGUCGGCGCGCCUGGCGCUGCUGGCCGGGUAUGCUGCACUGCUACAGAGAGACUUUUUGGAAGUUGCGGCAGAGAUGCUGCUCUGCUUGCUGCCGCUGAUUUGGUGUGCCACUGGGCAAAGAAAGUAG